GUUGGACUAGAUGAUCCCCAGGGUCCCAACUCUACAAUUCUAUGAAAAGACAAACAUUUACUCAAUGAUAGCAAGCUUAGCUAAACCAUUAAAAAAUUCUGGAGAAUAUAGUACUGUUCUAUGCAGUUUUGUGGGCAAAGUCAAAAUUCACAGAGGUAGUAGAUUUAGAAAAAAAAUAUUAAAUAAACCUGCGUAUGAUUAUAAAUUUAAUUUAUUUUCAACAAAUUCAAGAGUAGUUUAAGUCUACUUGCACCACCUGUGGGAUGAUGGCAGAAUCGCAGAGUUGGAAGGGAGGGACCUCUGAGGGUCUUCUAGUCCAGCCCUCUGCAAGGCAGAAACCUCACUGAUGCAGCCGUGAUAGAUUGCCAUCCAGCCUCUCCCAUAAGAGAGCAAAGGCAACCAGUUAAAUCUCCCACACACACCCCUUUACUUAACCCAUUUGUGACACAAGGAACAAUAAGGCUUUGGCAUGGCAAAUAUAUGUGCUUUUUUACUCCUGAGUAAAAAAAUCCCUGCGUUUCAGGGGGUUGGACUAGAUGACCCCCAGGGGUCCCACCCAACUCCCCAAUCCUACGAAAUCCUGGCUUUGUGCCGCGGCGAGCUUCGCUUUACUUGGGAGGCUCUCCCCCUAGCCCCGCCCCCGCCCUUGAGCAGGCAAGCCAACCAACCAACCAGCUCCCGAUCCUGCCAGGAAAUCUUCCGGCUGAGCCGGAAAGCAGCCAAUCGCGGAGGACGUCCGCAGCACGAGCCGCUGCAGCCAACCGCAGCUCGCUUGCCCGGGCAGAGCAGCCAAUAGGAGCGGGAUCUUUGCCCCACCUGACCUUGCUCGCUCGGCUCCUUUCUGAUUCCGGCUGCAGCCGCUGACUCGCGCGCUUUCGAAACCUUAGGACUUUGCCCCCUCGAGCUGCGCCGGGCAGAGCCCUGAUCGCGCACAGGAGAAGGGGGAUCUCCGUGAGUUUUGCACCUGCUCUUUCCAGCUAAGCGAACAGAUCCCAGGGGGCCCGGGGCAGUCCCCACGUGCCUCCUUCGCCCGAGUUCUCUUGCACAACUUCGAAGCUUCGCCCUCCCUCUGCAAGGCUCUGAUCCCCCUCCUAAGCUGCUCUUACUUCUUGCACCAUGCCGAGUGGAUUUCUCUCUCGGUGCCGCUAAGGAAAGGCGUUCUUCCUCGCCGCAAUGGCCGAGGUUCUGCAGGUGAUAGCAGAGAAAGCUGGCUGUGUCGUCCGUGUUUCUCACGCGCCCGGAUCUGUGCCCCAAGGACCCUGGAGUGGCAGCGGCGUCCUUUUGACGCCGGACCCGGCCAUUGUCCUCUGCCAUGGCUCCGUCUUCUCUCCUUUCCUCCUGCCAGCCGAGCACCAAGACUGGGCCCAGAGCCGAUUUCUGCUCCCUGAUAGCUUCCCCCCGGACAUCCAGAUCCAAGUGCUUAGGCCAGCAGAAUGCAGUCUUAAGGCUCCCAAUAGGAGCUGGCUAGGUGGAGAUCUGGCGGGGAACACCCCAGCCUUGAGAUUCAACCCGCUUUCAAAUUGGCACGAGACACCCAGCGGCCUCCGCUGCCACAAGGCCGAACUCAUCCUGAUGCUCCCCUGUGUGCCCUUCCAGGAUGCUUUCUCCAAACUCUUCAACUCCACUGAACAGUGGCGUUUUGGCACAGAGAUGGAGCUUGAAGAGGAAUCCAGCACCCCAGAAGACGAGGCACAUAUCCUGCCCUGGUUUGCACUGCUGAGGAUCUUGGAUGGCGAUUCCCAUGGUGUGGGCGGGGUGAGCUGCGUGGCGGCCGAAACGCUGAGGAAGGGCGACCCGGUCUUUGCCUGUGGCUCCCCGUUUGGCUCCUUUUGCCCGGACAUCUUCAUGAACACCCUCAGCAAAGGGAUUGUGAGCAACACAUCCGGAGAAAACGAUGCCCUAAUCCUGACCGACGCUCGCUGCUUGCCCGGCACCGAAGGGGGCGGCGUCUAUGCGUUAUCAGAAACCGGCCUUCACUUGGUUGGGAUAAUCGUAGCUCCGCUUUGCUGGAAAUCCAGCGAAUGGGUUGGUCUAACUCUGGUUUGUGCCGUCAACAGUAUUCUACACUGCAUCCGGAACGCCCUUUCUGGGCCUCACCGGGCUCUGAAAACGUGGCUGAACCCCUUGGAACUUGUGGCCAAGUCUCACGGAAAGAUGGUGGCCAGAGACGGGCCACAUCAGCAAAUGCUGGCUGCUGUGGUUCUGGUGGAACGGGGCCUCACCUGGGGAUCUGGCGUGAUCGUGAACUCAAGACUGGUGUUGACCUGUCGACACGUGGCCAACGGCGCAACAAGUGUCUGCGUUAGGUUGCAGCCCAGCCACGGAAAGAGUUCUGUAGCUAAAGGGAAAGUGGUGUUUGCUACCAAGGACUCUUCUCCCUAUGAUGUGGCACUGGUAGAAUUAGAAGAUGACCUGCCCACUUCCACAGAGCCCGUCCUGGCGUCAGAGUUUUACAAAGGAGAAGAUGUGAGUAUCGUUGGUUUCGGCGUCUUUGGCCAGGCCUGCGGCCCAUCAGUAACAUCUGGGAUCCUGUCAGCAGUCAUCACUAUGGGAGAUGAGCCUGUGAUGCUUCAGGCAACCUGUGCAGUUCAUGGUGGCUCCAGCGGGGGAGCCCUGUUCUCCACGCACAGUGGGAAACUCCUAGGUAUCGUUGCCAGCAACACGAGGGAUAACAGCAUAGGAGUGACGUACCCUCACCUGAACUUCAGCAUUCCCAUCACCGUUCUGCAGCCGGCCCUCUUGGAGUACCUUCAUAGCAGGAGCCUGCGGGGCUUCCGGGAACUAGACAGGGUGAGCCACAAGAUCCAGGUUGUGUGGAGACUCCAAAGAGAGCCUGUGGGACCGCUCAGCAAGCUCUGAAGAACUUCAGAAGAGAGAAGAAAAGCAUUGUUUAUCCAUGCCCUGGUUGAGCUAUACCUAGAUCAGGGCGGUCCAACUUCUCAGACGAGGUAGGCCGCAAAAAGUGCUUGUGGGCCACACAUUGCCUUGUCAUGCAGGUGAGGGGAGAAAGGCCUAAAUUUGACUCCCCCCGGCCCUCGUGUUGCCUUCCCAAAGCUGGCUAAACAAGGCGCCAGAGCCCUAGAGCCCUCACACCUCCUUCCCAAAGCUUGGAAAGCGAUAACUAGGCUUUGGGAAGGAGGAGGGAGAACUCUAGGUACCUGUCAGAGACCUCAGGCCUCCUUCCCAAAGCCCAGUGCCUCCUGACCUGGCUUUAGGAAGGCAGUGUGAGAACCAAAGGGGGGCAAGCACAUGCGGCCCUUAGGCCUAUAUUAUUGGGCCAAUGACCCAUGCUUAUGGGUGGGCUUGAAAUCAGCUUUCCUUGGCUGAUUUCAGUAGGGCUGAACCUUUUGCCCUCGUUUCCCAUCAUGCCCCUCGCUGUGUCCUUCGCUUCUCCAAAUCUCACUUGAGCAUCAAAAUGCCCCCUGUUUCCCUUGAGCUCGUCUCUGCCUGGUCUUCCUUGCUGGGGGGCUCUCUCCUGCAAACCCCUGUGUGCUGUUUCCACCUGUCUUCUGUCCGUUCUUUUUCUAAACCCACCUUUUCUGUAGACUUCGCUCGGCAGUUGUCCUCUGUGCCCCCUGGGAAGGGGAACCUCUGGCUCCCAUCAGCGGCAGUCAGCAUGUCAAGGAUCCAGUGAUCAAGGAUGAUGGGAGUUAGCCUGACAACAUCUGGUGGUGGUGGGGUUUCCCCUUCCUGUCUUGCCACUUCUCACAAAAAAAAACCCCCUACGUUCUCUCUCUCUCACACACACAGAAUCACAGAUUUUGUACACAUCUGCAUUUGCUUAUAUGUAUCCCCUGGUACCCUUUCCCUUUCCUUCCUCUGUUGCCUUUAUGCACAGAUGAAAUUUCUACUGUAAGCUCCUGGAGGCUGCCUGGAUUUUGAUUAUAUAAAUAAACCGUAACAUAACUACA